CCUCCUCCCCUCCUCGACCCAAUCGCGCUUUAGUUAGAGAGAGAGAGAGAGAGAGAGAGAGCGCGAAGCUGAUCGUAGAGAGAGAAGAUGCUGUUUCUCGUCGUCUUCGUCCUGCUCCUCGCCGCGGCAUCAACCCUAAUCUACAAAUUCGCCGCCGCCGAUGGGGACUUCACGCUGCUGUCGAAGGGGCCGGCGAAGCGCGAGGAGGUCGAGGGCAAGGUUGUGUGGAUCACUGGGGCAAGCCGUGGAAUCGGAGAAAUUCUUGCAAAACAGUUUGUUGGUUUGGGAGCAAAGGUGAUACUUUCUGCUCGUAACAAGGCAGAGCUUGAGCGAGUAAAAAGUGAACUUAUCAGUAAACACCCAACUAAUCAAGUUGAAGUCUUACCUUUGGACUUGGCAUCUGGUGAAGAAUCUUUAAAAGAAGCUGUAGAGGUUGCAGAAUCCCUGUUUUCCGGUGCCGGCGUCGAUUAUAUGAUCCAUAAUGCAGCCUUUGAACGUCCGAAACGAAAAGCUUUGGAAGAAACUGAGGAAGGCCUUCGGGCUACUUUCAACAUAAAUGUCCUGGGUACCAUUGCUCUUACUCGGCUUCUCGCACCUUCAAUGCUGAAAAGAGGAAGAGGACAUUUUGUUGUGAUGAGUAGUGCAGCUGGAAAGUGUCCCGCACCGGGUCAGGCCUUGUACUCUGCUUCCAAGCAUGCUCUAAAUGGAUAUUUUCAUACUCUGCGUUCUGAGCUAUGUCAGAAAGGCAUUAAAGUAACUGUUGUUUGUCCUGGGCCAAUAGAAACAUCAAAAGUUACUGGAGAAAGCUCAUCUACACAAAGUGGUUCUUCGGAGAAGCGUGUGUCAUCAGAAAGAUGUGCUGAACUAACAAUUAUUGCUGCUACGCAUGGACUAAAGGAAGCAUGGAUAUCAUAUCAGCCUGUUUUGCUUGUUAUGUAUCUGGUACAAUACAUGCCAACAAUUGGCUACUGGUUUAUGGAUAAGAUCGGUGCUAAUCGGCUGGAUGCUGCUGCAAAGAAGGGCAAUGCUUAUAGUUGGAAACUGUUCCUCGGGCAAAAGAAAUCAGCAUAAUUAGGUUUCCGUUUGGCAACUCAACCAAGGGAGUAAAAAUGCAGGGCAUGCUGCAGACUUUUCUUGCUUUCUGUUCCGUUUCUGAGCAAUAGCCUAGUCUUUUCCCUGAAAAUAUUACCUCUGGAAGGAUAGUCGUACUUUGUCUAAUUAUUUAUAUUUUGUGUGACAUAACUAGAAUACUGAGGGCUAUGAAAUGAUGUUGAUAUGUGUAUAAAAUGCUGCCAAGAAAAUUUUUGGGUUGUAAUAGAGAGUUCAUCAUACUAAUUUGAGAGGGAUCUUUGUAGGCCCACAUAAAAUUUAUUUGACAUUCCAUCUUUAAUUCCAUUGAUUGAGGAUGUAAAUCACUGCGUUAUUUUACAGACCUCAUGAUGAAAAUGUUGGAUGUAACAUUGAAAAAAAUAUUCCACUGCAUUCAUCUGCUAUAGUGGAUGCGAAGUUGCAUGUGGCAA